UAUGUAUUAGCAUCAGAACGUUCUUCUUUUCGAUGGUAGCACAUAGGUAGGUUAAUAAUCCAGCAGCUGCAAUUGUUAUUGGGAUGUCACACCAAAAACCAGGAUCAACAGCACUGCGCUUCCAAGCCGACUCAUGAGACUAGAAGAGGAUUAUCAUAAAACCAGCCUUUCAAAUCUCUGGUUAUGGAGAGCCGCCUGCUUAUUCCGAUCUACAUUAUUUCAUUCUUCCAAGCAUCAGGAGCCAGGCAGAAAUCUUCAAAUCUGGAUUGUUUAUAUGACUCAUUUGAGACAGUCAUUUGCACCUGGAUCCCUGUGAAAAAUGCUAUGAAAGGGCAAUGCCAACUCACUGCUUCGGUCGAAUAUGGGAAACCACCUAAGACAUGUCAAAUGAAUGGCACGAGCAUAAGGAGCUAUAAACUGAUUCUUGAGGAUUACGGCUUGACUAUUGUAGACACUAUUCUCUUCGUUGUGUCUUGCUAUACUGGGGAGAAGUGGAUAGAGGUUCAUAAUCUUACAAUAAAACCAUUUCAGAACAUCCAGCUUCAGCCUCCUUGCAACUUUCAACUGGAAAAUGCCCACAAGCCUUCCUACAAUUUAACGUGGACACUUUGUGUUGUCUCCCACUACCUAAGCGAAAAACUGGAAUAUGAAAUACGGUAUAGAGCAACUUCUUCUGGUGAGAAUGACACAAUCCUGCCCAUAAUUCAGGAUCAGAAAUGGCUAGUAAUGGAGAAUCUUUCUCCUGACACAGUGUUUGAGGCAGCCAUUCGUGUCAAAGUAAAACAAUCUGAAUACUACAACAGCGUAUGGAGCAGAUGGAGCACGCCUCCUUUAAGAUGGAAGACAGAUCUUGAAGCAUCACCACAAAGUGCACACCUUCGAAUUAUUGUAGCUGUUGUGGGGAGUUUCAUUUCCAUCUUCAUCAUUUUCUUGGUGUUUUUAUUUCCAGCAUCAAAAUGCCUUAGAAAGAAGUUUAAAAUCAACUUUCCAGAUCCAGCUGAGUUCUUUCCAUCUCUCACUGGUAUCCAUGGAGGAGAUAUCCAGCAGAAGUGGUUGUCCUCCCCAGCAUCCAUUACUUCCUUCCAUAUUACAGCUGAAGCUCCCAAUGUCUCUAUGUUAGAGAUAAUUCAAAGUUGCAGCAAGAAGUCCUACCUUCUCCCUCCUAAGGAAUGCUUCACAAAUAUUGAGAACAUAACAGAGACCAGUGGACAGUCCUCAGGCAGCUGCUUUACAAACCGUGGCUAUUUCUUUUUCCAGCAUCUUGAUUCCCUUGAGAUUGAUUCCUGCAAGGUGUAUUUUACUUAUGAUGCUCAGACUCGUAGUGAAGAUAGUAAUUCCUAUUUCCACAAAGAGCUCCAUGAAGCAAGUCACAAUGUCUCAUCUUCUAUCAACAUCAUGAGUAACCAGGAAAAUGAUGCUUUUCUUCAAGAUUAUUCAAGAGGCAGUCUUCCAUCAGGGAGUGACUUCCCAAUAGCAUCACUGGUAGAACAGAAUGAGAACACAGAAGAGAGAAUUCCUCUUGUCUUGUCUUCAAAAUCCCCUGAGCAGUAUUCCAUAGAUGAUUCAAGUGAGCCAAAAUCAUCUAGCCGCAAUACUGAUGGAAGAGAAUUACUCAGAAAUGAAGACUUAUCUAACAAUGUUAUGGGAAAUAACAGGUUCAUGUUUUCAAAUCAAGGCCAAUCCAAUAAUAUCUGCAGAACUGCAUCCUCUAGCCAGAUCCCCAGUUCUUCAGAAGCCUAUCUGUCCUUGCGGGAUCUUCAGAGACAUUACAGUCAUCAUUCUGUCUAAGGCCAUGAUGGGAAGCCUCUUUUGAGAGCAAUAUAGUUUCUUUAUAUAUAUCAUUCACUUGUUCCAGUCAAGGAAGCAGAAAUAGAUCUCCAUUCUUUUGACAUGAUUUCUAAUAAAAGAAUGAAUAGAAGAUUUUAUACUUUAUAGGAAUGUCAUUCAGAGAAACCUGGCUGGCUGAUUUCCAGCCGAUGUCACAGAACCACCUGUCACAAGAAACGGACCUCUACAUUCCUGUGCUGGCUUCUCCCUUUUUGUGGGCUUCGAAAGGACACAAAACCACCUUGUAGGGGUAGCAAAGCUAAGGAGGGAUGCUCUGAGAGGUCGCAGGAAAGAUUGCAACUCUUCUGCUGAACCCCGGAGCUUUUGUCCCUCUAUGCCACGGUGAGAAGAUGCAGUCUAUGAUGGCUGCCACAAAGCUGGGACAGCCAACUAACAACUAAGCACUGUGCAGAUGUUAUGCUACAUGAUUGAACAUAUACAAGUGAUUUGAGGAGGCUUGGACAACCCCUUGGUUUAUUUAAAUGGAUUUGACUGAUUAUUUAUGAGAUAUUAAAAAUUGUGAUUUGUGUUAUCUCAGUUUUGAAUGAAUGAUUCCUGGGCUACUGGCUAAAAAUGGGACCUUUUAAACAAAAUAAGACGCAACACAAGGAGGAAGUGAGUGGAAUUUUAAAUGAAAUGUAGCUGAUGUUUCAAAGCAUUAAGGACUUUAUACAGGAACAACAUAAGGUGAUGGUGAAAUUAUUUGAUGGCAUAGACCAAAAACUGGAAAAUAUUAUACAAGGGACAAUGAGCAAAGACCAGGACAAUCAGGAAAGAAAGGAGCCACCAGAAGGAAUGGAGGGGAAAGCAGAACUGAGAAACAACCGAAAAGAAGACAACAAGAAGGAGAUAUCAUCAAAAUUAAUAAUGACUAAGGAAUUCAAACAGGAGGAAAAUAUUUUAAAAGUUUUAAAAAGGGAAUGGGAGAAAUAAGAAGACAUCUGGGAAAAGGAGAUAGGGGUUAGAACAGAUAGCUUUAAGAAUGGAAUGGAAUGGAAUGGAAUGGAAUGGAAUAGAAUAGAAUAGAAUAGAAUAGAAUAGAAUAGAAUAGAAUAGAAUAGAAUAGAAUAGAAUAGAAUAGAAUAGAAUAGAAUAGAAUAGAAUAGAAUAGAAUAGAAUGGCUUGUGCAUGGUCACUCAUGCCCUCGUCACGUCAUGUCUGGACUACUGUAAUGCUCUCUACAUGGGGCUCCCCUUGAA